AUGGAGCCAGAGAUGAACUCCUCCCUCUGCAUCUACAUUGAUGGGCAAUUGGUGACACAGAAGAAAUUGCACUACAUCCUACAAAAACCCAGGGAGGAGCAGCCAACCUCACUAUUGCCUCUUCAGUGUAUGCAUACAUUGCACACCACCUGCUUACAGGCGGCACUCCAAGUUUGGUUUGGAAGCAGGUACAUGUCAUUUGGUGGAGGAUGUCCUUCAGCCACAGAUGGUAUGCACCUCCAUCAGUUGGGCCCACACUACACUGGCAGUCUCCAAGCUGCACAGAUCCCAGCAUCAGGUGAGAACCAAACACCACAGACCCUGUCUGUGGUCCCUGAGGAGAAAGUCAUAUUUGGUCUCAAUGCUUCGACUCUCUCACAUCUCACUCUCAACAAGAUUCGCAAGAUGUACUCCAAAGUAGACAACAAAGCAAUUGCCAAACAGCUGGGUAUGUCAUCGCACGAGAAUGCCACCCCAAUCCGAGUCCUCCAUAACUCUGCAGGACACCUGAGUGGCCCAUCGAGGUCCCUAGGAGGUGUUGUAAUCGGCUACUUGGGUGUUCGUGUGUUCUGUCCUAGGCCUGUGGCAGCCAUGCUUGAUAAUGUUGGGGGUUGUUCUGUCCUUCUUGGUUUGGUUGCCAUGUCGAAGGAUGUGGAAUCACUUUAUGCAUCAGUGAAGGCCCUUUCGUGUGUCAUCAAAACGAGCAAGACAGCACAAAUGGAGAUGAAUCAGAGCCUGGGCUACCAGACACUUGCCCUCCUCCUCCGCAAGAAGAAGUCGCUCCUCAACUCCCACAUUCUCCACCUCUGCAUGUCAUUGGCUGGGUCAGGCGAGGCUAGGGAGUCGUCAGCUAUUCCAAGCACGCCUGCCUUCAGUGACCUACUCUGUGACCUGGAGGUGUGGGCAGAUGCACCAGGUGACUUACUUCGCACUCUCCUGGAGCAUUUGGUGGAGUUGGCCAGGGAAUCUGGGGAGAGGCAGCAUAAUGUACGCAAAAUGAGACAACUGCGCUUGGUACCACGGCUGCUGCACCUGCUUUGGGAACAAUCGCAGGGCAAAGAAGUGGCCUCAUCAUCCCCGUCAAUAACUCAUCAUCUUCUAAUAAUUCGUCAUCUUUUAAUCAUCACUCAAACGUAAACACAGCCAGUAUAUGUGCCAGUACGCCCGUCAUAUUCACACUGCUCACAACGUUGCUUGCCAACAACCCACGUCCCCAAGAUCUGUUAAGUUUUGGUCAGUUUAUUGUGUCGACGCUUCCCAUCUUGAGCAUAUCAGAGAAACACAUCAACCUGAAAAAUGCAGAGGAAAAAGGGUUUGAAAACGGAGAUAGCUCAAGCCUCUCAAUGCGAAAUAUUCUGUUGAGGAACAAGUGUCUAGAGAUUGUGCACACACUCAUGUACAAUUCCAACAAAAAUACAAUACA